GUGUGUACUUCCACGUGGUGGGGGAAGGUGUGGUGCGCGUGACGGACCGCAGACAACAGAUCUUCACCGACAAGGAGAACUACAUCGACUUCCGAAUGAGGCUCCUUGGGGAACCAGACGAACGUUACCCCUUGGAGCCCCAAGACGACAGAGAUGACGGCGGUCAGGGUCCCAUCCUGCUGUCUCCGGGAAUUCACAGCUUCCCCUUCAAGCUGGGCCUGCCCCUGGGCCUGCCCUCCACCUUCCUGGGAAAACAUGGCUGGGUUCAAUACUUCUGCAAAGCCGCCCUCAGGGAGCCCAACGGCCUCACCCACAAGAACCAGCAAGUCUUCAUCGUCAUGAACCCUAUCGAUCUCAACCUCGAGCCUUCCAUUCUUGGCCAACCUUUCCACUGCGAGAUUGAACACAAGCUGGGAAUGACCUGUCUGUCUCAGGGUCCCGUGUCUUGUCGUGUUAGGCUGGACCGUGGCGGCUACGUUCCUGGGGAGACCAUCAGCAUAUGGGCUCGUGUACACAAUCAGAGCAGAGUCACCAUCAAGAAGACACGAGCGUGCCUUACUGAGACGAUCCAGUACAUCUCCAAGAGCAAGGUGGUCCAGACGGAGACGCGGGAGCUGUCGUCCGUGGCGCGAGGGAAGGUGAAGCCCGGAGACACUGACGACUGGACCCACGAACAGCUGUACGUGCCGCCACUACCACCCACCAACCUCCGUGGCUGUCACCUCAUAAGGAUACAGUACGAUGUGUUUUUCAUAAUUGAGCCCAACAACCUGGAGAAAGAGAUCAAGCUUCAACUACCUAUCAUGAUGGCCACCUACCCCUACCGCAACUCAGACGGAACACUCAAGAAGAAGAAGGGUGCGCAGUACCCAAACAAUCUUCCAAUCUUUAGGCCAUGGCUCAACGAAAAGUCUUUUGAGUGACUUCCUGCGUAUGCAAGUGGAUAAAAAGGACACAGUUGCAAAAUGCUGAAGAAAAAAUACUUAUUAAAUAUAUGUACUGCUUUCAUUUGUCUUCCAUGCCAUAAAUGCUAGUAAUGUUUCAGUAGCUCAUCAUAUUCACUUGAUUAAGUACACCACUAUAUCAUUAUGAACUACUGUACCUUAAAAACAUGAACAUUAGUGAAUAAAAGGCUCAGUAUUUUGAUUAGUAACUUGUAUACAACCCAAUUACUGUAUUGAAGGUCACAAUUUUUUAAUUUAUAAGUUCUGUUAUAUUUUCAGCAGCACUUCUUGAUAUAUGAAUUGCAAAAAUAUAUAAAUUAUAUAUACAAGAUUUAUUUAUUGUAGAUUAUAUUGUCAAUUGCAAUCAAAUAUCUGCCAUAUUUUUUGUUUUAAUACUGUAUUCUUAAUAAUGCAGUUAAACAUAAGAAAUAAGGAUAACUGAAUAAAGACCUACUGGUUCAUGCAAGGUAACUCCUAUUUAUACCCAGUCAUUCAUAUGUACAAUAUGUCUAAUUUCAUUAAGAAUUAAAUUUGAAUGCACUGUAUGUCAAGUUAUUAAUGUACUGACAAAUAUAUUUGGGUGGACAGCCAUUUUCCACAUUUUUUCCAUGACUGAUUUUUUAAUUUGUAAAGGACUGUAUACUGUAUUACAUUGUAAAACAUACCUUUUCACUGUAAUGAUUUUUUUUCAUUGUAAUGGAUUCUCUCUCAUUGUAAUGGAUCCUUUUUCAAUGUAAUGGAUCCUAUUUCUUUUUCGAAGGAUCCUACCCCACUUAAAGGAUCCUAUCUCACAAAGUAUUCUCCCUCAAUGUAAAGGAUUCUAUCUCACUGUAAAAGUUUGUUUCAUUGCAAAUUAUCGUAUUUCAUUGUAAUGAUUCUAUUGAAUUUUAACGGCACCUAUCUCAUUAUAAAUUACUAGAAUCUCAUUACUGCCAUUAAUGUUUAUUAUUAAAAAAAAUGCUUAUACAAAAAUAUAACUAAAUAACAAUAUAGUACAGUAAUUCAACAUUAGCACACAAGUAAAAACCAAUAAUUAUUAAUUGUCUUUGGUUACAUCAGAUUAUCAAUCUGCACACAGUUCACAGUUGCAAGAUUUGGUAAACAGUCAUUAUCCUGCACGCAUUCAACAUUAUGUACACACCUGUCAUUCUGCUUGUAAUCGUCAUAAUUUUGCACACACACAUCCUUCUUCUAACAGUCUUAAUAGUAAGCACACACUUUUGUCAUUCUGCAACACAGAUUUGUUAACCUGACAUUCUUCAAAUCGUUCCUUACAGCUAAUUCUAUGGAUGGUAGCACAAAAUCUAAAACCUGCUGCACCAAGAACAGUACAGUCAACAUUCUGCAGACAGUACACCAUGUUUACUGCUGCACGAGUGCACGUCAUGUUCUCCACUGCACACAUGCACACUGUUGCACAAGUGUGCACCAUGUUUACCUCUGCAUGGGUACGCACAUGUUCACCAUUGCAUUUGCAUGCACCAUGUUCACUGCUGCACUGCACUUUAUCCACUUCAAUUGUUCUUAUUGCGUUUUACGUACAGUGCUGUAUGCUUUUUUCAUAAUUCGGCAAAGUCAUCUUCUUUGUAGAAACUAAUGAUUUCAAAAACUUCUAGAGGUCCUUAUCGGAAUUAUCAUCUCUAUUCACAGGCAAUAUAUUUGUUUAAAUCUUGUGUAAUGUAUAAUUAAAAAAUUGUACGUAUCAUUCGUUUUGGUUAAAGAAGACUUGCAGCUCUCAGACUUAAGGACACUUAAAUUUUCAGAAAAAAAAGUGGUUAACAAUAUCCAUAUUGCAGUGCACAUAGAAGCAAAUACGAUGGAUGACAUCUCAUAUGUGCUUAAACUAGUCUUACACUCAAAUUCACAAUAUGCUUAAUUCAAAGAAAUUAUGAUAAGCUCUUGAUGCUUAAUUGUUUCAUACUGAUAUGUAGGUUUUCUUGCAUUUUAUAUUAUAGACGAAAUUCCAGAAGAUAGGAAAUUUCCAUCCUCUACUAAAUUAUCAGGUUCACUUCAAAGAAACUUAUAUAGUGGGAUAAUUCUAAAACAAUUCUAACUAGUUCUGAGUACAGUAAUUGUAAUUAAAAUAAGUUAUGAUUAAAAUCAUAAUUAGAUUUUCUAAUUUUUUUACAGAAAAUGUAUUACUGUUCACACUAUUAGAAUAAUACACACUGUGUACAGUAUUAGAAUUUAUUUCUAUCUUUGAAGACUAUGUGCAUAAGGCUGUAUUGGGCUCCUCCUUUUGCCCUUAUAAAUGUAAAUUAUGAAUUGAAAGCAAGCCUAAAUUAAUGAAAUACAAUAUACAGUACAUACUGUAUUCGGUUGAUUUUAAUUAAUUUUUAAAUACAAAAUAAGGAACUUUUUAAAGUACAUACAAGUUGCUGAAUAUUUAUACAAUUUUAUGUGUGUAACAAUUGGAUGAGUUUCUUAAUCAGUUUGAAAGCAUUUACCGGUUAUAUAAUUUUUAAUUCUUUACACCAACUUCUUUUUGUCUGAGCCAUGCCGUGUUCUUUUGCCACUUCCACCAAACAACUUUUCAAUGUACUGUACAGUACUAUAGUCAUCAUACAUAUAUAAUCUUCGUUACCCACCCAUGAUAACAAUCCAAUAGCAUUUACAUCACUUGUUUCCUACUUAUAUUUGGAAUCAUUACCUCAACUUGUGUUAGACUCCCUGAUUUCUCUUAAAACUUGCCCGUUCACCAUGAUUUAACAACUGUCAGAUUUGAAGUGCUGCCAAUUCACCAUAAGUAUUAAAUUUUAGCAAUAACAAUCCACCUAUCAUGUGUCAAUUACAUUGAGCUUUAAUUUCACUAAAGUGCGAGAAUUCUGAUGCUGUGGUUGAUAGCAUCAAUAUUGCACUACAUUAAGAGUGUAGACUGGUUGUAUAAACACAUCAUUCUGUACUAGUUUGAAAUGCGAACUUACAAGUUACAUUUCCUUAUACUGUACCAGAAUAGUCUACUGACAACAUCAUUAAGAUGUUUAUACAUCUCUAUGAAUGAAGCCAUAAAAUUGUGCAUUAAAUUGAAUUUUCAAUGUAACAGGUCUUGACAAGUUAAUAAAAUCGGUAUAGUAUCCACAUGUAUUGACAUUGUAAAAUACUGUAUGGUGUACUGCACACAAUGAUUCUCAGAAAAUGACCUUAAUAUAACUAUUUUUUUUCACAGCAUAUGCAGAAAUAUAUUUAUAUUAUUCAGUUCUAAACCAACUCUUAUUUUGUAGCCUGAAAAAUAUAACAGCGAGCAUCUUGCAUCCUUUUAGAUUUAUACAAUAAUUUAUAAUUCUAACAAUGAAUUAUAUAGUCAUCUCAUUUUUCCAUUUAGGAUUUUUGUUUCAGUAUACUAGUUCAAAAUGAGCUAGAAUACUAAAAUUAUUAUGUGGAAUUCAUUUACAGUACACUUUUUUAUUUGGAUUGUUGGUUUUGUACUCUCACAAGCAUAGAUCAACAUAUCUGCCUUCUCUCUGAUCUUGCUACUUUACUAAUGAGAAUCAGUCGCCCAUAAAUCAACGACACUACAGUACUAAUAAAAAUGUGACUGCUUCUUUAGACAAUACUUGAACAGUAUCAGUGGUUAUGGCUCGCCUUUAAUUUAGAACAACCAUUAAAUAAGAAAUGCACAAAUUACUUUGUUUCAUGCACAGGUAAAUUUACUGAAUUAUGCAAGCAUACGUGUUAACAGAAGACUACUCAAUACAUAUAAAAAUAUUAAUUAUUUGUUAAUAUUUAUUUCCACUUCUCCAUUGUAUUAUACUGUAGUUGCAACAACAGAACAGUAAUCACAAUUGUGGACACAUUUUUGCAUGUUUAUGUAAAACAGAAUUGAUACACUUUGAACCCUGCAUUGUAAAUAUUUUAUAUUAAAAUAUUAACAACGAUUUUAUAACAUGACAAUAUAUUUGGUGAUGGCGAUGAUUUUCCGUUUUUUACUGAAACAGCCAAUGGCUAUGAUUUUUAAACAUUUUUAAUGUGGCCAGCCUUAACGUUUCAGAAAUAAGCAAAUGAGUAUGAAAGAUAUAAACUAACUAGUUUUCUUGAUUAGAGGUGAAAAUAACUUCAAACUCAUAGAGCCUUGUAUGCCCUUCAGAAAUUGUAUGGGGCCCAGUCAAUAAUUUUAGGUGCCAUAAUGAUGUAGGCUUGUAUCAUGGGCCUAUAUGUUGGGACAAAUGUUUUCCAAGACAAUUAUAUAUCCACAGCGCAUUCUUCCAACAGAUUCCUGAUAUCGAGUCUACAAUCAAUGUGGUGAGAUUUAUGUUGGUCACUGUGCUGGUGAGUUUGAGAUGUACAUAAUGUUGUGCUUCAGUCUGUGUCUUUGUAACUGAACGUGUGAUCUGACCUGUAAGGCUUUGUUCUGUAGUCAAAUUAUGAAAUUGCUGGUUAACUGCUGACAUUCCAGCAUUAUGUGAUUGAAUAUGUAGCAUUAUCUAGUAGAACUGUUUCUAAUAAAAUGUAUACAUAUAAA